AUGAAAAGAACUCAAAGAAAGUUUUCAAAAUGUGUUGAAGAUGAAAUGCAUUCAGAUUCAUCUAGGCAAGAAUCUGACUCAGAAUUUAUAAUUACUGAGACUUCAGAAUCAGAAAAAUUAAAAAGCAAAUCUUUUUGGAGUCUCAAAGGAUUAAGUUUUUAAAUUAAGACACUUGUAAAGGAACUAAAAAGUACUACCUACAAAGUAUUGGCAAACAUCCUUAUUGAAAAAUUGUAAAAUGAACUUCAAAAAAUUCAUAGUACAGAAAGAAGAAAGGAGAUAUAAAAUCUUAAAAGAAGGGUUUAUGAUGCUAUUAAUGUGAUGGUAGCUAUGGGGGUUCUUGAAAAGGACAAGAAACAAAUCUCUUUUCAUGAAUAAAAGGAUAAAGAAGUAGUGAAUUUUUAAAAAGAGUAAGUUCGAACUAAAUUGGAAAUAUUAAAAGAAAAAAGAAAAAAACUUACAAAAGCUACUCUGACUUAUAUGAUGUAUAAAUAGCUUACUUAAAGAAAUCAAUAAAUGAAAAUGGAAUCUGAAUCCAUCCUAUAUACACCAGUUUUUGCCUUUUCAGUGUAAGUAUUUGAUAAUGAUUUAUGUAUGUAAUAAAAAAAUGGAAAAAAAUUGAUUAUCAAAUCUAAACAGCCUAUAUAUAUCUACUCUGAAUUAGAAGUGUUAUAAAAGAUACUCAAUUGA